UAAUACAUUAUAAAUCGUCCUGCCUCUUUUUGCCCGCCGUUUGUAUAUACUCACACCCUUCCAUCCACAACGCCGCUACCCGCAUCCUCUCCUAUAGCACCCUCCACCCAACAUCUGCUUCAGAAAUGGCGCCCACAAGAACCUCGACCGCAAUGAUCACACAGCGUAACCGCGAAGACUUGGUCCUGUCCAAGACCCUGCACGGCAACAGCUGGGACGAAUCACAUCACCAGGACUCCCUCAUCUUCAAGCUCAAGAACAAGGAUCGCCAGUUCCAGUCCGCCGUCGUUGACAACUACCUCGACAACUGGAAGGAAGAAAAGCCCGAGGACGAGACGGAGGAGGCCAAGGCUGAGCGACAGAACGCCUACAAGGCCGUUGCCAAUUCGUUUUAUGAUCUUGCCACGGAUUUCUAUGAGUACGCAUGGGGCACCUCCUUCCACUUCUGCAGAUUCCGUUACCGUGAGCCCUUCCAGCAGGCCAUGGCCCGUCACGAGCACUACCUGGCCGCUAACAUGGGCAUCCAGCCCACCUGGAAGGUCCUCGACAUUGGCUGCGGUGUCGGUGGUCCCGCUCGCGAGAUCGGACACUUCACGGGCGCCCACAUCACCGGUCUCAACAACAAUGACUACCAGAUCAACCGUGCGAGGCGCUACGCUGUCACCUAUGGUCUCGACCACAAGUCCGACUUUAUCAAGGGAGACUUCAUGAACAUGCCCAUCGACGAUAACUCCUACGACGCAUGCUACGCCAUCGAGGCCACUGUCCACGCAUCCACCCUCGAGGGCGUCUACGGCGAAGCCUACAGGAUCUUGAAGCCCGGUGGCGUCUUUGGAUGUUACGAGUGGGUCAUGACCGACAAGUACGACCCCACCAACCCUGAGCACCUGCGCAUCGUCCGUGGACUCGAGGUCGGCAACGGUAUCGCCAAGAUGAUGACCGUCAAGGAUUGUGUCAAGGCUCUCGAGACCGUCGGCUUCACGAUCGAGAAGAACACGGACAUGGGUGCGACGGAUGAUAAGAUCAAGUGGUACUACCCUUUGCAGGGCGAUAUCCGUCAGGCGAAUGCCUUCUGGGAUUACUUGACGGUCCUCCGUACGACAACUGCUGGACGUGCUGCCACGACAUACAUGGUCAGGGCCCUGGAGAGCUUGGGCUUGGCCGCCCCUGGUAGUGCCAAGGUCUCGAGUAUCUUGCAGACGGCCGCGGAUUCCGUUCUGGAGGGCGCCAUCCUUGGAAUCUUUACGCCCAUGUACUUCUUCGUCGCCCGUAAGCCCGCCAAUGCAUCUCAAUAAGAGCCCCCACCCAUUUUCUCACAUUCCUAGCCAUGUCCAUGUGCAGGAAAAGGGACGAGGGACAAAAGGACACGCACGACCGCUGCGGUACUUUUUUUUUUUGCACGGCGCGCCUCUUUAUCUUCUCGUUUCUGAUGUACCUGUUACUUAUAUAGUAUGUAGUACUUUUAUAAUCAUAAUAAACUCUCUUCUUUGCAAUUCUG